CAUCCUUCCAACAAAGCCACAAAUGCACAAGAGAGAAUAGUAAAUCUUUCUUUUGUUUCAGAGACCUUAUGAUCCAAACUGCUAUUCUGAGACUUUCUGUAAGAGUUCCAUCUCUUUAAAUGAACUGAUAGGGGAAAUUAACCAAGUUGAGCAUCCUAUUACUUUUUGACAAGCUUCAGAGGAUUCUAUGCUGUGCAAACUCUGCAUGCUGGUGGCUUGUAACCUAGAGUGGAGAUGAGUUCUCAAGCUGAAACUGGGUUUUGCCUUGCAGCAAGUUGUUGGGUGGAGAGAUAACUUUCAACAGACCUUAACUACUUUUGUGACUGUCCAAGGGAUCCAGUUACAGCUUGCUAUGGAGGAUGAUUUUUAAGAUGAAUACCUACCUUGAUGAAAACUACAAUUCAUCAUUAUCUGGAUAUUUGAACUACUCUGUACUGAGUAAUGGGAGUCUCACUGCAAACAGCUCAAAUCAGUCAGCAAGUGAUCUGAAUUUACCUGCCUUGGAUAUCACUAGAGCUAUAAUUGUGGGGCUUGUCCUAGGUGCCAUCAUUCUCUUUGCUAUAGUAGGUAACAUCUUGGUAAUUCUCUCUGUAGCUUGCAAUAGGCAUUUAAGAAUCCCUACAAACUACUUCAUAGUUAAUCUUGCAAUAGCAGACUUGUUACUGAGUUUUACUGUCCUUCCGUUUUCUGCUACACUAGAAAUUCUUGGCUAUUGGGUUUUAGGGAGGAUAUUUUGUGAUAUCUGGGCAGCAGUUGAUGUGAUGUGCUGUACUGCCUCUAUCUUAAGCCUGUGUGCAAUUUCUAUAGAUAGAUAUAUAGGUGUGAGUUAUUCACUUCAGUAUCCAACUUUAGUAACUAGAAGGAAAGCAAUUCUUGCUCUCAUUAGUGUCUGGGUCCUCUCCAUGGUAAUUUCCAUUGGGCCUCUUCUGGGCUGGAAGGAACCAGCACCCCAGGACGAUAAAGAGUGCCGCAUCACUGAAGAACCUUUCUAUGCCUUGUUUUCUUCUUUGGGGUCCUUUUAUAUUCCUCUGAUUGUCAUCCUGGUGAUGUAUUGUAGAGUCUACAUAGUGGCUAAAAGGACAACUAAAAACCUGGAAGCUGGGGUAAUGAAAGAAAUGUGUAAUUCCAAGGAGCUGACCUUAAGGAUUCACUCCCGGAACAUUCAUGAAGACACUUUCAACAGCACCAAAGCCAAAGGGCACCAUACCAGGAACUCUGUAGCUUUCAAACUUUUUAAAUUCUCUCGAGAAAAGAAGGCAGCCAAGACCUUGGGAAUUGUAGUUGGCAUGUUUAUCUUGUGCUGGCUACCUUUCUUCAUAGUUCUGCCUCUAGGGUCUAUGUUUUCUGCUUUGAAGCCACCUGAAACUAUCUUCAAGAUAAUUUUUUGGCUUGGCUAUUGCAACAGCUGCUUGAACCCAAUCAUCUACCCCUGCUCAAGCAAAGAGUUCAAGAGGGCUUUUGUACAGAUCUUGAGGUGCCAAUGCCACCGGCGGAGGCGGCUGGGAUGGUGGGCCUACAACUACAGGAACUGGAAUCCAGGCUCCUUUGAACAUUCCCGCAAAGACUCAUUGGAAGACAGCAGAAGCUUCCUAAGUGGCAGUCAGAGAACAUUAUCCUCAGCCACUCCUAGCCCAGGCUACCUGAGCAAAGUCACUCACCCUCACACGGAAAUGUACACAUUCCAGGAGUGGAAGGACUCCAGUUCUUUCCUGAGUUCUCAACAGGAAGGCAGUGAGCAAAAGGACUCAUGUCACCUGUUCACCUUCAAGCUUUCAACAGAACACAAUGGACAUAUUGCUACCAGAAGCCAAGACUCGAGCAAUGGGGGCCGCCCAACCAUCUGUGACAUACUGAACAGCAAAGCUAACUGCAGAAUGGCUAUUGAAAUGAGUGAAUUCUAAACACUGUCCCCUGGAUGCAGGAGGGCCUGGACUCUGGGCUCACCUGCACUUAUUAAAUUGACUGGUGUAUAGCAUGUGACACAAACCUACACAAGAUCUAGAGGCUGAUGUGGUGUUGGGAGGGAGUUCAGCCAGGAUGGCAAUAGCAGACAGUCUCAUGUCAGAACAUUGGCAUAGCCCAAUGGCUGCAGGGAGAUCAGUAUUCCAAGUUAAUUGCAAGCUAUGCUGCAGAAAUUUGUGCAAAAAGCAGGAAAAAGCCCUAUGAAAACAGGGAUAUACUCAACUAAAUAUUCAGCUCUGAUGAAAAGGCUAUUGAGAAGUCAGACAUCCAUACAGAGAUAGUAUGUAUAAGUAGAGAGAGUGAGAAUACAUGUAUGUAUCUUAAAAAGAAAGUGUGAUUCUAUUUGUCCUCUCCCAGAUACCACCAGCUGCUUCUGGGUUUACCUGUAAAAACCCUACCUGUUGGUGAAUGUCACUGAACACUAGCACUUUAAAAACUGAAAGCAGUGUCAAAGAUUAGCUUCCCAUUUGUUCAUCAUUUUUAAUAAUAUCCUGUCGGAAUUCCAGCCACGCUCCCUAGCAUACUCUCCCAUUUGCACAUGUCCAUGUGCACUGGGGUGAUAUAUCACAUCACAGCCACUGAUAUCCUUUGGGGAAGCUCUGUGAGUUGGUGAUGAGUUAAAAAUGGAAGUGAACCAACAUGGCCAAACUCCCCUAUCUUCUACCAUGUUAUUUCUUGGAAGCUUAAAAACAUCACCAAUGAUCUGUUAGUGUAUAAGGUCUGGUUUCCAAUGCAAAACCCCUAACUCACUCCAGUUCCUUCAUAAACAGCAUUGCAGACAUAGCACAAAAGGGUUCUGAUAGCUAGAGUCUUAUAACCCAGCCUGAAAGAAAAUGUACUGGAUUUCAGUAAAACCCACUUGGGGU